CUUGAGUGCCUGCAUGCCUGUGUGCGUGAGUCUUAUUGAAACAGGAUACGCAGAUAAAAGAAUGAAGACAGGCGAGCAAUAGCUUCCCAGCUGCGCAUCUACUUGAGUAGGUUGCAACCAUCACCCUUAUCAAAACUUGAAUGCUGGCGCCUUUUAAGCUCGGAGCUUCCACCGCCACCCGACGUGGCCCUCGGCAAAAAGAGCCCCCGGGGGUUGCCGACCGUAAUUUUCAAUUUGCAUACGGGCCCGUUGUGGGCAGCCCCGCCGAAAGCCCCCCCUUCCUCUCCGGCGGUAGGCAACACCAUUUCCACCAUCCUGAUUCGCACUCGAUAGACAUCUCCAUUCAGCCCUAUGGCCUCUAAAGCUCUAGGGCUGAAGAAAAAGGAGAUGGAC